AUGCCAUUAGGACUAAUUUACUGCUGUGCAACGCGCAAGCCCACGUCCGUGAAAGCUUCACAGUCAACCACGGCGACCACAGCAAAGGCCAAAAAUGCGAACGGUGGGGCCAUGAAGCGUCCACGGACCCGAGUUGAUGAGCAACCAAGAUUCAUCAACACACCGGACGAUGAUACGUCGGACGAGGGGCACACGCAUAAGAAGGCCAGAGACGAAGAAUAUUCUUCCGCAGAAGAGGAUAUUGACCAUGGCGAGAGUAUCGAGCCUGUGCGCAGCAGCAGUGGCCGAUACAACCUCCGGAAGCAGCCGCUACGCGUCAGACACGUUGCUGAAGCGGCGAUCACUCAGAUAGAGUACUACCUCGUGUUGAAGAACGCGUUCCCAGAUGGCCUCGAGAAGUAUAACGUUGCCAUUCGCCAGACUCUUGUCAAGUGCGCAGAAGCCCUCAAGGACCCAGACAUUGCGACAAGGCUCAAGACCGAUGCAAGCUACGCUCGGAAGAUCUCAGGGAUUCCAGCACAACGUAUCCCAAUCUUCCGUGGGAGAGUCAAAUCCAACGUCACUGCACUCUCGGGCGGUCUCUUCAGUCUAGACACAGAGGACGAGCACAAGAUCGACUGGCUCACUGAAGAGGAUCGCUUCAUCUACCGUUGUGAUUACAUUACGCGCCUUGGCGGGCGGCAAGGACGAAUGGCGCGCAUCAACGCGUGGCUGUGA